GCUAACCUUCAGAUUCCAAGGUUCAUCUGCUAUUCAUUGUGCUUAAUAUACAUGUUUCUGCACCGUGCAUUUAGAAGAUCCCAGAAAGGAAUUCAAAACGGCUGCGGGGGAAAAGCCACCAAACAUGCCUACAGAAACACUACAGACAGGUAGCAUGGUCAAACCUGUCAGUCCUGCCAUCACUUUCACUUCAGCUGUUCCUCUCCGCAUUUUAAACAAAGGACCUGAUUAUUUUCGCAGGCAAACGGAGCCUAAUCCAAAAAGACUUAGUGCUGUUGAGAGGCUGGAAGCCGACAAGGCAAAAUAUGUGAAAAGCCAAGAAGUCAUCAACGCCAAACAAGAACCCGUGAAGCCAGCAGUGCUUCCAAAGCCGCCAGUGUGCCCUGCAGCUAAGCGAGCCUUGGGCAGCCCUACCUUGAAAGUAUUUAGCAACAAUGCAAAGACUGAGAGUGGUGUCCAGAGAGAGAACCUGAAGUUGGAAAUUUUGAAGAAUAUUAUAAACAGUUCAGAGGGCUCCAGUUCAGGUUCAGGUCACAAACACAGUUCGCGAAAUUGGCCUCCCCACAAAUCUGAUACAGGAGACUUAAAUCGUCACUCAUUUGCAGAAUCCCUAAAGGUUUAUUCCACCCGCGGUUCUAACAGUCCUCAAGAAAGCAGCUCCAGUGUACAUAGAAGGCUACUGGAACAAUCAGCAGAAUCUUUCUUGCAUGUUUCGCAUAGUUCCUCAGACAUUAGAAAAGUAUCCAGUGGUAAACCUUUAAAAGCAAUACCCUGCAGUAGUUCAGCUCCACCUCUGCCUCCAAAACCCAAAAUUGCAACCAUCACUACAUUGAAAUCACCAGAGAUGGACUCAGUGGAAUCCACCUGUGGAGUAAGCAGAAGACCUUCCCUUCAACGAUCGAAGUCGGACUUAAGUGAUAGAUACUUUCGAGUUGAUGCAGACGUUGAAAGGUUCUUUAACUACUGUGGACUUGAUCCUGAAGAGCUUGAAAACCUUGGAAUGGAAAAUUUUGCAAGGGCUAACUCUGACAUUAUUUCUCUCAACUUUCGCAGUGCAAGUAUGAUCAGUUCAGACUGUGAACAGUCUCAGGACAGCAACAGUGACCUUAGAAAUGAUGACAGUGCCAAUGACCGUGUGCCAUAUGGUAUUUCUGCAAUAGAAAGAAAUGCCAGAAUCAUCAAGUGGUUAUACAGCAUCAAACAAGCUAGGGAGUCACAGAAAGUGUCCCAUGUGUGAGUGAGUUUUGGGGAGGGGAGGGGGGAGGCAAAGAAAGACUAAUUUGUGUAUAUUCACUUGUGAAGGGUU